UACCCUCCUUGACGAUGUUCAUUUGGGAAGUUCUCUCCUCUCGCCGCCUACCGUUCCCGCGAAAAUAAGCCCACGCCAGCCCGACCCGCCGCAGGGAACGAUUUAGUUUAAUAUCUUCUGAAAGAUGGCUCGUCCUCACGACUGGAGUUCCGGCCAGGCUCGCUAGCUCGCAAACGAUGGGCAGAUCUGGAUAUGAGACUACGGGCACGUGGGAAGACAACGAAACCGAAACACCAUAUUCGACCUGUUCUGCAGAAACGCCGGGAAUCGAGAAAGAGCACCCAUUAUUUUCGUUGAAGGAAUCGUUCUUAGAAGUAGUCAUGGCGGCGUACAUGCAAGCUAAGGCACGUAAGACGGAAAAAAAAGGCCCCCAAGGGAUCGGCCAGGUAAGAACGUCGGUCGACUCGGCUGAUCACGAGCACGCCGCAAACAUCCCGGAGCGGAAACGUCGGUUCUCGGAUGACACUCUGGAGAUGCCCAAGGGGCGACAAAUCCGGGCGUCUCUCACCAAACGUCGGGCACAGGAUCGUCGGCUCUGGUUCGCCUGUCCCUAUGCGAAAAUGGACCCGGUCAAAUAUCGCCAUUGCUACGGAUACUGCCUGUCUAGGAUCCGUGACGUGAAGCAGCAUCUAUCGCGUUGCCAUCGCAAGCCCAUAUACUGUGCUAUUUGUGGGCAGACAUUCGAGGACGAGGAUGCCAGGGACUCCCACACCGCGGCCAUGAGUUGCGCCCGCCAACCUUUCGUAAUCCAGGGCAUAUCGGACAAGCAAAGGAGGGAGCUGAGUCAGAGAGUUUCCUCGAAAAUGCCGGAAGAACAGCAAUGGUUUACCGUCUUCGACAUUCUCUUCUUCCCGCGUCCACGCCCAAAGACGCCGUAUCGCGACAGAGAAUUGUCCGAAGACCUGUGUGUUUUCCAAGACUUCAUCACUGCCCGGGGACCGGUCGUGUUAGCUGGGUUUCUAGAAGGUAAGGGGAUGACUACUUCGAAUCUCCCUCACGAGGAGCGGGACCUGCGUGUCUUUAUGGAAGAUAUCCUUAGGGAAGGGCUCCACCACAUCUUAGACGAAUGGGCGAGCGACAAUGCUAGGGCCGAAGGCCAAGAUAGCAUACCCCAUAGCCCUCAGGCAUCAUAUACUAUCGACUCCGGGAUCUCGAUACGGACCGAUCCGCAGAUUACAUUGGACGAAAGCGGGCAGCUGGGCGAGGGGUCCGGGAGAGACUUUCUCGACCCCAGUAGGGUGCAUGAGAGGCCCGAUGAAGACAGGAAUCGAUCUCUUCCUUAUAAUUUCGCGAGUCAGGUGCCAGGAGAAUCCACGCGUCAGUUUCAAACAGAAUGCUUCCCGCGACUCGCCACGGGGGAGGGCACGCCGGCAUUGUCGGAGAAGGCUUCUAUCAAUCCCGACCGGUCCCAGCGAGAGUUCCCAAGCUUCCAGAGUAUGCCUCGCUUCGAAACAUUUUCGGAUAAUAUAGGGCCCAGCAUGGUCUCUCCAGCCAACGAAUUUCCGGACAUGCUCGAUUUCGACAUCGAGUGGCCGACUUGACUUUGACCUAUCCCUCGUAUCUGGCUAAGACGGGCAGUUAGACCCGGGCAGCUGCGACGGCUCCAUCAGAAUAUUGAUCCCUCUCUUGUCAUCGAAGGGUAUCGCUCGCCCC